GUCGCUUUUUAGCGCCGGAGCUGCUGCGUUUACACCGGAGCGAAGCGUCCGGGAGACAGUAAAGGCGCAGUCUCUCCCGGCUUCCAGUCCCGCGAAAUCGGGUCAAAUUAACUAAUUAAGCAAAAACCAAACCAGAAAGAAGAAAUUUAUUCAAAUUAAACCAACUGACAUUUCUAUGGACAGCCCGCGCGCUUCAAGUGACUCACACGAAGCCUGAUUUCUUUAAUACCGAUAGCUAUAAUAAUGAUCAAUUUUCGGUUUCGUUUACAGUAUAGUUUCAUUUCUCGCCCGUGUACACGCUAUUAUGUAAUAUUUUGGUCCUGGUCUCGCCCUAGGAAAAUGGAAUGAUAUAUAUGUGUGUUUAUUUAGGAUGAGGCCAAAACGCAGCGACAGGUUUUCGCUGAUCACCGAGGAGUUUAAUACUCUCCGUCUCCAAAAACAAAAGUGAAUCGUUUCCCCUGUUUAUUCUCGUUCGACGGCAUUAAAGUCUGUGUUUUCGAAGAUAAAGGGGUAAAUUACUGACAAAUAAACCAUGACAGCCCGUUGUUUGGCUUGCUUAACAGAAUAACGACAGACUUUGUUAUGGCGAUGCUGCAGUUUGCUUAUUGCUAAGUCGGUUGCGCGGUUAUUUUAUUGCGCGUUUUAAUUUGAGAACUUUUUUAAAGCAAGUUUGAAAAGUGUAGACGUGGGAUUAGUUGUAACCGAGUGUAAGAUGUUUGCAGGGCUCCUACGAGGAAACUGAGCUUAAUGGUCCACAGGAACUUUACCCCCUGCGAGCCUAAGUUUUAUUUUCGAGUGGUAGAUAAUAAUAAUAACUUGGGAUUACUUGUCAGUAACUUUAUUACAUGUAUUUAGACGCUGGAAAAAAAAAUUGCAGUUAGUCGACUGUAGUAAUAAAACAUUGGGCAAGGACCAGGGCAGCUUGAAAGAACGAUCCUGAGAGCUCAUUACAGAUGUUAAGCACGGAGAUGUCGUUGGUGUCCUCCAGGAUGUCGGAUGUGGAGCUGUUGAAGAAGAUGCUCAGGGCUGUGUUGCAGUCCAACAAGAAUGGCGUGUCGCUGUCACGGCUGCAGUCCGAGUACAAGUCCCUGACGGGCGAGUUUAUCCCUUACAAGCAGAUGGGCUAUCCCUCGCUGGACAGCUUCCUGAACAGCAUGCCGUCGGUGGUCAAGAUGGAACGUAGCCGGACAGGAGAGGUGGUCUGCUUUGCGGCGGUAUGCAAGGAGACGGCCCACAUCGCUCAGCUGGUGGCCCGCCAACGCAACGCCAAGAAGGUUGGCCGCCCCCUGCUUGUCAACUGCCAGAUGAGGGUGAAACCAGCGACACCCUUCAUGUUGAACGCCAAGCCGAGGACAUCCCUUCGCCAGCCAGACCACAUGGGUCAUGCUGGACAGGGAAUGACACGCCUGUCCUUGAGCAGCCGUCUCGGGGGCCCAGGGGACUUCCGGCAGGUAUCCAUGAGGGACACCCAACCUGACGGGCGGGUCAGCGCUGCCCAGAACAAGGCCCCCCCAAUUCAGAUAAGGAAGCCUCCCAUACCGGGUGACAAGUACGACAAGAAGAUAACCCUACCCGUGAAGUUUCAGAAGGAGGUACAUUUGACCCUGUCCAGGAAUCUUCCGCAGACCAGUGCUCCCUCUAACAUAAACCAGAAUGUCCCUCCUGGGAAGUCCAGACCACUCCAGUCCAGUGGCUACAAUCAGCAGUUGGUCCAGAACCGUCUUAGGGAUAUUCUGAAUAAAUACAGCAAUGGAUUCUGGGUGUCGAAGCUGCCUCAGCUCUACCGUGAGCUGUACAAGCAGGAGCUGCCCACAGAGGCACUCAAAGACCUUGAGCAGUGGUCUCAUGUCUGUUUGGUAGAGAAGCCAUGUAGCACCAAUCCGGCAGAGCUGUUGCUCUACCCUGCUAAAGAGGUGCCCAAGACCAGACCCAGCUCGUCCCCAUCUUCCACCUCGUCCCCCAAGCCAUCUCCCAGCAUGCGGAAUCAGUCCAGCUCCAUGUGCCCCGGGGUCUCUCCAUCGACUUCCUCACUGUCUUCUCCCCCGUCGUCCCCCGUGGGUUUAAGCCCGGAUAUCAAGGUCAAGUUGGGCGAGCUGCUAGCUAAGUACAGCAAUGGGCUUUGGGCCAACGCUCUGCCUAAGCUCUUUCAGGAGACUUACAAAAUCCGGUUCCCCGAGCAUGUUCUCGAUGACCUCAGUGUCCUGGAGGACAUCUGUACUGUUAACUAUCCAAUGCCUGACAACCUCAAGAAGGCCAUCCUGUACCCUCUGCGAGAUGUAGACGAAAAUCGGAAUCGCGUGGUGCCAGAGCACGUGUCACAGACAACUCAAGACGUGCUUCGCCGUCCCAGUGCCGUACCCCCUCUCCUAAUUCCUGAGGAAGAGUACCCGUCUGUAUUGGUGGUGGAAGUGGCCAGCACUGUCAGCGUUACUCUCAGAUUUAUUGGUAAGGACUACUCCCAGGCUCAGGAGUCCCUGGAGGAUGAAAUGCGGGAGUUCUAUGGUCAGGACAGCACAAGGAAGCGCCUCUCUCCUCUGGCUCUUGGGCAGCUGGCUGCCGUCAAGGCUGAGGAAGAGGAGGAAUUCCUCCGCGCACAAGUGUAUGAGAUCAUGGGUGACAAGGCCAAGGUGUUUUAUGUCGAUCACGGGUUUUCUGAAGUGAUCAACACUGGCAAACUUUUGGAACUACAUCCAAAGUUCUUCAGACUGCCAUUCCAGGCCACUAAAUGCAAAUUAGCAGGCUUAGAGCCGUUUUGCCAGGAGCCUCCAGUGAUUAAGAAGUUUGAGACCAUGGCCUGUGGAAAGAUCCUCUUGGCUGAGAUCCUGGAGAGGGGGGACACACCCCUGGUUGUGCUGUAUGAUACUUCACAAGAUGAUGAUGUCAACAUCAACGCUGCUUGUAUGAGAGCCUUGCAGGACAAGUCUUUGGAGAACACCUUAGAGGUCAACAGCACCCACAUGCACGUCAGUGUAACCAACGUUUGCUCUGAUGGAAGCAUUUAUUGCCAGUUGUCGUCACGUGGUCUUGCCAAGUUGACAGAAAUGUUGGAAAAGACUGAGGCCUACUUUCACUCCCAGGUGACGUCAGAGUUUCUGGUGUCCAGGCCUUUCUGCGGAAAAUUCUGUCUGGCCCGAUAUAAAGGCAAAUGGUCUCGAGUGGAGAUCACCAACUUGCACGGCAGCCGUGUGUUGGACAUCCAGUUUGUGGACGUGGGUGUCCCCGCUUCAGUGGAGGUCAUUGAGCUGCGGGAGGUCCCGCCCCCCUUCCUGCGGGAGCUUGUAGCCAUCCCACCUCAGGCUCUGAAGUGCAGUCUGACCGGGCUGCCACUCGAGGUGGGCUCCUGGACCCCAGAUGCCGUGCUUUGGUUGAGGGAUGCUGUGCUGGGCUCCACGGAGUGCAGCAUCAAGAUCGCUAAAGUGGAUGAGGCCAAAAGACUAGUGCACAUCUAUUUGUUCACCUCCAAGGACUUUUACGACACGGGACGUAGUGUCAACCAGCAGGUCGCUGACACGGACCUGUGGAAGCAUCAGAAGGAUGUGUUUCUGGGCAGCCGUGGUCCUGGCAAGAAGCCCAGUCGCCCGGCCACACUCCCCAGUGACGGCAGGGCUAGCCCUCAGCUCAGGAGCAGCCAGCACGCCCCUGAUCUCCAGCUUCCCCCGAUGCUAGAACUGCCACCCUUGGGGCAAAACAUAGACAUGUAUGUGUCGGUGGCCUGCCAUCCGGGCCACUUCGUGCUGCAGCCCUGGAAGGAGCAGUACAAGUUGGUGGUCCUGAUGGGAGAGAUGAUCCUGUAUUAUAACAAAACUGAGGAGAGGCCAGUCAGUGUGGAGAAGAACCAGAUCUAUGCUGCCAAAGUGGAGAACAACUGGCACCGUGUGCUCGUGAAGUGCAUCCUAACCAAUGGCCUGGUGUCUGUGUACGAGCUGGACUACGGCAAACACGAGCUGGUCAGCUGCACCAAACUGCAGCCACUCAUCAGCGAGUUCCGCCAGCUUCCCUUCCAGGGAAUCACGGCGCAGCUGGCUGGAAUCAAACCUCUACAGUGGUCAGAAGAAGCUUCCAUGGUGUUCAGGAACCAUGUGGAGAAGAAGGCGCUGGUUGCCCAGAUCGAGGUGGUGCAUGAGGCAGCCCAGCCCUGGGACCGGAAGGUGGUGGCAUACCUGGUGGACACCAGUCAGGAAGACAGAGACAUCUGGGUGCAUGACCUCAUGUCCGAGUUUGCGGAGGAACUUAGCAAGCCGGCAUAACACAGCCUGGCCCCUAUCAGCAGAGUCCUUGUUGGAUUUUCCUGCACAUGCUAAACUGUAGCUCCAUCUGAGCUCGGCACUGCAACAUGGGAAGUUCAGGCUCUCCCGCGAUGUUUCCUGCUUAAUUAAGUGUGGAUCUGUUCACAUAGUACUAAACAUGCUAAAAUGAACUCAAUGUGCAAAGUGAUAAAGUUUACAAUAUUUAGUUUGUUUUUUUUAUUCAUAUAUAUAAUAUGCAGCUUGUGUUCAUGGAGGUAUAUAAAGGUGGGGAAAAAAAUCCUUUGUUUGCUUUAUACUAUGAAGCCUUUUGACUUCCAGCUGUUUAGUGCUGUCUUAAAUUUAUUACUACAAAACUACAGCAACUUGAAUCUAUUGUGAAACUAAUUUAUGGAUGUUUGGAUAAUAUAGUUCCUGCUUUUCAGGUCAUUGCCUAUUUCCUUGAAGCUUGAAUGGAAAGGCUGCGUUGUAUUUAAAUUUGCACUGCUUUGUUUGUUGUGAAGGGUUUAUUUAAUGGUUGACCGAAUUUCUAGAGUGAAAUAAAAAUAAAUUUUGUGAAAAUA